AUGAAGUGGAACAGGUUUUACAACAAAUACGGAGGAAAGGGAAGAAACAUUCCCCUAGAUCUCAAAAUGGAACAACUAAAUAAAUUACUGAAGUCAAUGUUUAGGAGUUUGGGACCCAAUGUUGAUGAAAAAAAAUGCAAAAAAAGAAUGUCUCAAAAGCAAGGACAUGGUUCCAAAGGAAAACCAGAAGAAACUGUUCAGCAAAUUAUCAAUGACUUAAAUGAAAAAUGUGUAUUUCAAUAUACUCCAAACAGAGAGGGCCAUCCAUCAUUUCCAAAGUUUGAGUCGAAUCUUGUGAAGAAUCUUAAAUACAGAGAUUUUCACAAGUGGAUGAUGGACACUAUACAUAAAUGGAAAUAUUUAACUGGAAGUAAAUAG